GUGACCGUGCAUUGAAUCUGCUUAUCGUAACUACCCAGCGGCUAUUGUCCUCCUUAGCCGCAGCAUUUGGGCUACUACCAACAACAGCAGCAGCACAUCCUAGUCAUUGCUUCUGGGGUGGCGUUUUGGGUUCAGCCCCACAUCUCAGUCAGCAACUUUCACAGUUUCGUGAGGGAUGCACUUUGAAUUGAAUCGCCUUCGAGGAUAACGGACUUUUUACAUUGAGUUACCACUGCAUUUGUCUACAUUUUUGCAGUGCGCUCAACCCUGAAUACCACAGGAGAGGGAGAAGUCUGGCUCUGAAGAUGUUUGAUCUACAAUAUUUUCAUCACACCCUUCUCAACAGAAACCUAGUGUGUGCCAAGACCUGAUAACUGUAGAGAUCCAGAAAGCAGGCAUACCAGUUGGAGUGGGGAGGAGCGAGCCAAGGUGUCAGUGACUACCUUGCUGUCACACUUAGCCACACCACACUCACUACACUCCGGAGAUGGGGUAUGUAAGCGCUUGACUCCGGACGGUUCUGUCAGGAAAUUCCUCGUUUUGCCAAGGUGGUCACCCUUUCUCCGCGCUGGUUUGUACAGCUGGAAAAGCUUCUGUUUCCACAUCAGUCUGGAGCAGCAUGACUGGCUGUGUAUGUUCCCGAUCAAGGCUAUCCUAUCCACCUCUUAAUGCUGUGUGAUCUGAAGCUUCUUGCCGGGGAGGGACAAAGGGACAUCGGGGACAUUCUAAGCGUCACUAUGGCAUCUGAGGACAUAGGAGAGGCUGUGGGUCGUGCGACAGUGGUGGACUCUGCCUUGUCAGCCGGGUCCAGAAAUAACCAUGUCACUUCAGACUACGGCAUGCCUCUGAGUCAAAGCAACACACGUCCACAUUCUCACCAGCCAGAGGUUAGCCACCAGGGCAGCGGAGACUGCUGCUCACCGCUCCCUCUCUAUUGGAAGUUAUCUUAUGAUAGCGGAUCUUGUGAUAGUGGCGAGGGGACGUUUCUGGAUGCAGGAUGCAAAUGCUGGGAAUACUCCAACCCUAAACAUGCUAGCGCUGUAGCUGAGCUCAGCACCACAUCUCGGGGGGAGAGGGGGACGCGUGCGUUGGGUUCCAGUUCCACCCAGCUGUGUCCGACAUGUGAUCCAGUGGAAAGUGUCUCAGCCUGCCAGGAGGCUGACUCUGUCUGUGGGACCACUGGGACUGAGACAGAGCCUCGGGAAAACCAGUCUGAGAGGAGAACAGAGGGGUUUUCUUCUCCUGCUGUGACUCCCCAGGCUGGUGCUCUGCCAAAGGUGAGCUACUCCGAGGGCUCUCCCUGCCAGCUGGAGCCCAGCAUGGCUGGCACACAACGCCCCUGUCCAUCCGCGGUGCCCUGCAGACGCAGCUUUAGGAGGAGCAGCCUGCCAGUGGCAUCUCAGUGCCACUUCUCCUGCUCUCCCAUAGAGGAGGGAGGAACGCCAGGAAUGCCAGCCAGGACUAUCGAUGCCCGCUGUUGGCACUUCCUGAAAGAUGGCUACUCCAGCCUAGAGAGGCUCAACAGGAGACCCAGAGCCAAGGUCUCCGUGGAGAGGUUCUUUAUGAGGGCCUCGCUGGAUACCAUGCUCUCCUCCUCCAAGCAGUCCACCAGCCCCCAGAAGAGCGACAGCGACGGCGGCCUGUCGGACAGCGAGUUCAUCCGCAACAGGAAAGAGCGCUCCACCGUGCUGGUGAGGAGGUACUACAAAAACAACCGCAAGGUUGAGAAGUCUGUGCGCGCAGGCACCAAGGCCAUCGUGAGGUUUAUGCACUCGGGACACAUAGCAGAGAGGGCCUGGGAGGCUGUUUGCAAAAGGACCUGGCACCCCAGUGAAAGACCCAUCGUGUCAGUCAGAGGGCACGGCGCGGGGCCUCUGGUCGUCAGCCUGCGGGGUUACAGGGGCCUGCUCAGUUACACGGGGGCCAGACUCCCAGAGAUCCACCAUGCGCUGAGUGUUGAGGACAACCUACUGCAGCCGUGCAGGAAGCUCCUAGCCUUUGCUGGAUGUGUGUGUCUCAGGGUGACAUGCCCGGCUCAGCCUAGGUACGGGUACCGUGCCAGCUCCCAGAGGACCUCAGUGUAUGCCUGUCUGACCGGGGCCCUGCUGGAGGCCACCGCCGCCCUCGGGGCCCGCAGCACUCUGCCCAGUGUAACCGUUGGCUCCACUGGACACGCCAUGCUCAAAGAGCGUCAGCUGUGCAGCAACAUGUCGGCGUGCAGCGCGGUCCCGUCCAACGUGACGGGCAUCAGCAAGGAGUUGGUCGAGCUGCGUCACCUGAUCCAGUUCCCCGAGGAGAUCGCCAGCAUCCUGACGGAGCAGGAGCAGCAGCUGUACCGCCGCGUCUUCCCCCUGGACUACAUCUGUUUCUUCACCAGGGACCUGGGAAGCCCCGACUGCAGCAGGCGCCUGCACCCCAGCCUCAAGGCCUCGCUGUCGGCCCCGGCCAUGCCCAUACAGACCCAGAGGAACACUGUGGAGGACCUGGUCACACGGUUCAAUGAGGUGAGCUCGUGGGUGACCUGGUUGAUCCUGACUGCGAGUUCAAUGGAGGAGAAGAGAGCGGUGUUCUCCUAUCUGGUCCACGUGGCCAAGUGCUGCUGGAACAUGGGCAACUACAACGCCGUAAUGGAGUUCCUGGCUGGACUACGGUCUCGUAAAGUACUGAAGAUGUGGCAGUUCAUGGAGCAGUCGGACAUUGAGACCAUGCGCAGGCUGAAAGAUGCCAUGGCGCAGCACGAGUCUUCGUCCGAGUACAAGAAAGUGUUGAACCGUGCCCUUAACAUCCCAGGGUGCAAGGUAGUGCCCUUCUGUGGCGUCUUCCUCAAAGAGCUGAGUGACGCGCUGGACGGGGCCGCCAGCAUUAUCAGCCUGCGCCACUCAACGCACGACUCGCAAGAGGACUCACUAGAGUUUGUGGGGGACUACGGCGGGCAGCAGCACUUCCUGCAGAGGGCGGGGCCAGACGGGCUGCACAGCCAGGAGAAGGAAGCCACGGUCAGCAACAUCCUGCAGAUCAUCCGCUCCUGCAACCGCAGUCUGGAGAUGGAGGAGGGAGAGGAGGGCCACCACGAAGGCUCCUCCACCUCCUGCAAAAAGACAUUCAUGGACAGGAACAGGAACCACUCUUUCAGGAGCAGGUCAGAUUCCAACCGUGUCUUGUUUGUGGUGGGAGACCUGUCAGACUCCGAGGGAGAUCUGUCUGAGCUGGCUAAAGAGGUGGAAUUCCAGGGCACUGAGGAGACCCACCGGGCCUUUGGCCACGGCACGGAGCUCAUCCCCUGGUACGUGCUCUCCAUCCAGCCUGACGUCCACCAGUUCCUCCUGCAGGGAGCCACCGUCAUCCAUUACGACCAGGAGAGCCACCUCACCGCUCGCUGCCUCCUCCGCCUGCAGCCCGACAACUGCAUCCUGACCUGGGCUAAUCCCCAGAGCGGCAGCCCCCCCGCGGAGCCCCCAGGCCUGGGUCAACCUGUAGUGAACAGCCUGUCGGAGGGUCUGCUGGACCUCUCGGUGGUCAAGGCUGUGUUCCUGGGCCACUCCGGGGUGGACUUGCAUGCUGUGUGUCUGCAGAACAAGCUGUGUCACACCAUGAGGGCUGAGGAGAAUGGGGUCAGUCUGCUUUACGGGCUCCAUACUACAGACAACAGGCUGCUGCACUUUGUGGCCCCCAAGCACACAGCCCGCAUGCUGCAUGAGGGACUGGUGGAGCUGGUCAACGCCAUGAGGAAGCUGAAGAAGUUCCCUGAUCAGAGACUGCACUGGCUCAGGAGGCAGUACGUCAGCCUCUAUCAGGAGGAGGGCAGGUACGAGGGUCCCACUCUUGCUCAGGCUAUAGAGCUGUUUGGGGGCCGGCGCUGGAACAUGGGCACAGGGGGCACAGAGAAGCCCGGCGCUCAGAAGCACAACUCCAUCUCUACCACCAAGAAGAAGAAGAAGGCUCUCACCAGGGGAGACAGCGGGGACGCUACCGAUGACGAGAUAUUCCAACGGAAAACUAAGAGCUGCAAGGACACCCUGUGCAGGAACAGGCCUGAGCUGUGUGACGGCAUGGACCAGGAAGGGCUAGAGGACGGCUUCCCUGGACCCUUCUCCCUGUCGAGCUGUAAGACCCCGGGUUCCUCCUCCUCUUCCUCUUCCUCCAGUAUGGGCAGCUCCAACCCCUCCCGUCCUCUCUCCUCCCCCGUCCUGUCAGGCAGCACCAAGGCCCAGCCAGGUGCGUGGAGCAGCAGGAGCUGGCACGGCCGGGGGAAGGGCUGCUUCAAGGGCUUCCAGAACCUCAUGAUCUCUGGCAGCACCAUGAGUUUCAUCGAGUUCGUCGAGCUCUUCAAGUCUUUCAGCAUUCGGAGCCGUAAAGACCUGAAGGAGCUGUUUGACACCUACGCUGUUCCCUGCAGUCGCUCCGGCACGGAGUCUGCCCCCCUCUACACCAACCUGAGGAUCGACGACAAGGACACGGGCCUGCAGCCUGACCUGGACUUGCUGACCCGUAACGGUUCGGACCUGGGCCUCUUAAUCCGAACACGGCAGCAGAUGUCGGACAACCAGAAGCAGAUUUCGGACGCCAUUGCGGCAGCCAGCAUCGUGACCAAUGGGACGGGCGUGGAGAACGCCUCUUUAGGGGUGCUGGGGCUGGCCAUCCCACAGCUCAACGACUUCUUGGUCAACUGCCAGCGGGAACACCUGACCUACGACGAGAUCCUCAGCGUCAUCCAGAAAUUUGAGCCUUGCAUAAGCAUGCGUCAGAUGGGUUGGAUGUCCUUCGAAGGUUUUGCCAGGUUUUUAAUGGACAAGGACAACUUUGCGUCUAAGAACGAGGAGUCUCAGGUGAACACGGAGGAGCUCCAGUGUCCCAUGUCUUACUACUACAUAGAGUCCUCUCACAACACGUACCUCACUGGACACCAGCUCAAAGGAGAGUCCUCUGUAGAGCUCUACAGCCAGGUGCUGCUGCAGGGCUGCAGGAGUGUGGAGCUGGACUGUUGGGAUGGAGACGACGGAUCACCCAUUAUCUACCAUGGGCACACCCUCACCACCAAGAUCCCCUUCAAGGAUGUGGUGGAGGCGGUCAAUCGCACUGCUUUCGUCAACUCAGACAUGCCGGUCAUCCUGUCCAUUGAGAACCACUGCUCUCUACCCCAGCAACGCAAAAUGGCUGAAAUCUUCAAGACUGUGUUCGGAGACAAGCUGGUGACCAAAUUCCUGUUUGAGAGCGAUUUCUCUGAUGACCCUCUGCUGCCCUCCCCGCUGCAACUGAAGGGAAAGAUCCUCCUCAAGAACAAGAAGCUGAAAGCACACCAGGCUCCCGUCGACAUUGUCAAACAGAAGGCUCACCAGCUGGCCCACAUCCAGGCCCAGGCCAGCAACGGGGUACCGGCUGGCAGCUCACCUGGUAACCACGAUGAUGAUGAAGAGGAGGAAGACGAGUACGACGAUGACUAUGAAUCCCUGUCUGAUGCUGACGUUCUUUCAGCUUCCACUGCCUCGUAUAGCCUUGAAGAUAACAUCCUAGAUGAUAAACCAGACGGGAAGUCCUCAGUUGACAAGGAUGAUCAUCCCAUCAUUGAUGAGAUGCCCAAGAGGAUGAGGAAAGCAGACAAUGCUGUAACCCAGAGCAAAGGGAAGGUAUUUGACAUGGAGCUGGGAGAAGAGUUCUAUCUGCCCCAGAACAAGAAGGAGAGUCGACAGAUCGCUCAGGAACUCUCUGACCUCGUCAUCUACUGCCAGGCUGUCAAGUUCCCUGGCCUCUCCACCCUCUCUCCUUCGGCCUCUGGCAGAAGAAAAGACAGAAAGAGCAGGAAGUCCAUCUUUGGCACGGUUCCUGGUCGUAGCGGAGGCAGCCCCGGGGAGGCGGUGACGCUGGGCCGGACCCCAGGGAAGGGUGGCGUGGAGGCCAUGCGUCUGGCCUGGGAGGAGCAGACGUCGCCCGUACUCAGCCCCAGCGCGUCACUGAGCGCCAUCAUCCGCACUCCCAAGUGCUACCACAUCUCCUCGGUGAACGAGAACGCUGCCAAGCGCCUCUGCCGCCGCUUCUCCCGGAAGCUGAUCCAGCACACCACCUGCCAGCUGCUAAGGACCUACCCGGCCGCCACGCGCAUCGACUCAGCCAACCCCAACCCUCUGCCCUUCUGGCUACACGGCAUGCAAGUGGUAGCCCUCAAUUAUCAGACUGACGACCUGCCCAUGCAGUUGAACACAGCUCUGUUUGAAGCAAAUGGGCAUUGUGGUUACGUCCUGAAACCUCCAGUGCUGUGGGAUCGCUGCUGCCCCCUCUACCAGCAACUCAGCCCCCUGGAGAGAGAUGUAGAGAGCAUGAGCCCAACACUCUAUUCUCUGACGAUUGUGUCGGGGCAGAACGUGUGCCCUGCCAACAGCGCGGGCAGCCCCUGUGUGGAGGUGGACGUGCUGGGCAUGCCCGUGGACUGCUGCCACUUCCGCACCAAGCCCAUCCACCGCAACACGCUCAACCCCAUGUGGUCAGAGCACUUCCUGUUCCACGUGCACUUUGAGGACGCCUGCUUCCUGCGCAUCGCUGUGGUUGAGAAUAACAGCUCUCAGACCACCGCUCAAAGGACGCUGCCUCUACGGGCCCUCAAACCAGGCUACAGACACAUCCAGCUGAGGACGCAGCACAACGAGCCCCUGGAGGUGUCCAGUCUGUUCGUCUACAGCCGCAGAGUAGAGGAGAGCCCCACCGGCACAGCCCUGCCUGCUGCUAUGCUGUUCAGUUCUGAGGAGCGGAGGACAGCCCAGCAGCACCAGGUGACAGUCCAUGGUGUCCCAGGUCCAGAGCCUUUCACUGUGGUGUCUGUGAAGCAGCAGACCACCGUCAGACAGCUACUGGACGCGUUACCGACGUCUACAGAAGGUGCCGGUGAGUACUUCCUGUGUGAGGAGAAGGUGCCUCUGGCGAAGGAGCGCAGUGACAGUAAGAGGUGUCCUCAGCAGCGCCCCCUAGCCUCCGAGGAGGAGAUCGUCAGGGUGGUCAACAGCUGGCAGCCUGAAGAGGGAUAUGUGGGCAGAAUCUACCUUAAAACCAAGGAAGAGGACCUGAACUAUAAGAACAGAGUGGUGGAGAGAGUGGAGGAGGGCGUGGAGAGGGUGGUAGCAGGGGAGGACGACACCUUCUUCGUCCAGGUGCACGACGUGUCCCCAGAACAACCUCACACAGUCAUCAAAGCCCCUCGAUACAGCACGGCGCAGGACAUCAUCCAGCAGACGCUGAGCAAAGCCAAGUACUCUCUGAGUAUUCUGAGCAACACUAACCCCAGUGACUAUGUGUUGGUGGAGGAGGUGUCGAAGGAGGCCAGCAGUAAGAAGUCUUCUCAAGCUAAGCCCUUCCAGAGGGUCCUCCUGGACCAGGAGUGUGUCUACGAGGUCCAGGGGCGCUGGAGGGGCGCAGGGAAGUUCCUCCUCAAGCUCAAAGAACAGAUGGCCCGUGAGGACAAGAGGAAGGGCAUCUCGUUUGCCAGCGAGCUGAAGAAGCUGACGUGUCGCAGCCGGAGCAUCCCGGCCCCAGCUGCCCAGGAGAGCAGUCACAGUAAGGAUGAAAACGGCAGGGCAGCAUGCAAUGUGCCUCUGACUGAGACCCGUGAGUGAGAGACGUUCGGUCGGCAGUGUGUGCAUAGAGUCCCCAGAAGGGUCUCUCUCUGUAGGACUCAAGGCCUGGGUGAUGGAGGGCCGGGCUGAGGCAGAGAGGCUCCUCCUGGGGGGUGGGGCCCACACUGGCUAUGUGACCCCUUCUACUUGGUCCCUCCCUCUGCUGAGGAACUGGAAGAUCCACAAAUGAAGCUAGGUCCCCUCCACCACCCUAGAGAGCACCUGUGUUCCUGAACACACCAUGAUGAGUUGAGUUACUCCCUCCCAUGAGUGAAGAGCUUCCCCCAGAAAGUCCCACCCUGACUGACUGGUUGAUUUGGAAUGGCGGCUCCAAGUGAAGGAAGACCUCGUCAUCUACAGGGUCGUUAGCCGUCCCCCCUCUACCUGGGUCGUAUUCAUUAGGGUACGCUGUAGCGGAAUAUUUUGCAACGGAAAAUUAAACAAAUGUUUCUUACUGGACAAGUUUAGGUAGUCCCUCUGGUUUUCAGUUUUCUUCCGUUUGAUGCCCAAUGAAUACACCCUUAAAGUGACGCCCAGGGACGAGGUAGCAAUGUUGAGGGGACAGAUACUGGAUGUAGCAGCCAGCCUAACCCGGUUCAGCCUGGUUUCUUUGAGAAUGAAUACCCACAGCUGAGUCAUGCCUUUACUGUAGGCUGGUGUUGAAUGGCUGCAUUGAAUCCAGACAGCGUAUGUAGUUGUGGUGCGGGAGGCAGCUAUAACUGCGGCUCGCAGCCUUUCUCCUGCUAAGAAUGAGGACAUUGUGAAUGUGGCCAACAAGCUGGCUUGUUGUAUGAUUCCCUUUGUGCCCCAGUUUUCACAGUACUGUAAUUUCUAACACAUAGUUGUGUAUUUGAAGAUGUUCAGUGUUUUGCACGUGGUUGUUUUGCUGUUACGCUCAGUACUUGCUCUCUCUACUUUGAGAGUGAGUCAUUGUAUGAUAUGAAGUUGAGGUCACCUUGAAUGGAUUUCCACCUAAAUGUGAUUUUGGGUUUCAAAUUCAAACUUUUCAUCAGGUCAAAGUUGAGAACCACCAUCACCUCUUGAAUGUCAAACGCAUGAGAGCUUUUCGAAUCCCCAGAUAUAAUUCUUUUCGUAAAACAUAAAAAUCUCAAGUGUAGUUUGAAUGUAAUGUUAUUGAUUUCUUUCUAUUGGAGCACACAUAACUAGCAUAACAAGGUCAGUACAGGGUUUUAGAGUUUUCUGAUAUUGUUCCCAAUUUAUUGAUUGGCAUAUUGAUUGCAGACCCUCAGCAUUAUCUAGUAACAUUUGUUUGAAUUGUUUGUUGAUGAAAUUGAUUAAAGUAGUAAACUGUAGUCGACUAAUGGCGCUCGUCAAUCUGGAUUGCUGAAGCGUUAGAUUGCGAGAUCGAAAUUGAAACGUCCUUUCGCUAACACUUGAACGUUGCCUUUUUAAAUUUCAGUCACGCUGAUCUUCCGCGAUACGGAUUGACUAGAACCCUCAAGUGUUUUAACCUAUGUCCAUUUCAAUCAGUUGUCAGAAACUUUGUUUAAUUGGGGCCAUGUUGUUUCCGUCCUUUGUUUGGACUGUGGAUCACUGUGUGUGAGACAUGUAUAACAAAGUCAUUAUUUGUAGUUUUUCAUGUUUUAAACUAUGAAGGUUUGGCAUUUUCUAAUUCAUUCUUUAUGUUGUACUUUGUGUGUGUAUCUUGUCUUGUUGGUACUGCCCAGAUGUCCACUUCCUCAGGGCAUUACAGAUCUAGAUACAUAUUUCAGCCUCUCCCCUGGGUCCAUACAAUCUCACAGCAGGCAAAAGGAUGGGCUUUUAUGCAGCCUCUGUAUGAGAUCUGUAGAUGAUACAGUACUUAAAUGUCCAAUAUCAACAAAUUAGCAACCAAUCAACUACAACUUUUCACCAUGACAAUAUUAUGGAAAAAGUAUCAACAGACUGCAUUAUAACUAUAAUUUUUUACCGAGGUUUUUCUUUUGGUAUGUUUUGUCACCCAAGGGACCUUUUUAUUUUGAAAAAAGAUAUUGUUUUAAUUUGACUUGGUUGACUAUGGACGCUGGCUCUUCAUUCAGUUUUGAGUAAUCGAAUCCAAACAGUAAUUUGACCUUAUGAGGAUUGUAAUGCCGAUGACAUUUGGCUGACAAUGUAAUAGCAAACUACCAUCUCUUCCCUGUUUGCUUUUGAAGGGGUCAAAUUUCUUUCUCUGAACAUUUAGACCCGAGUUGUAAUAUAACAUGAAUAUUGUUGUCGAGAUGUUUGUAUAUUAUAUUUAUUUGAUUGUGUAUCCCUGGUUGGUUCUUUCCUUUAUUAGUUUGUGUACAAAGCUCUUAUCGAGUUUUUCCUGCAAGUAGAAAAAAUAUUUGAAUUGUCUUAAUUUAUUUGAAUGUGUAGAGGAAAAAUGCUUUCACUGCUGUGACUAACUUUAUAUUUGUAAUUGAAAUAUGUACUUUUAACAUGGAGGCUUUAAUAUAUAGCUAGUAUUAGUCAUUCUGCUGCACACUGUUUGUGUGCUUAAUGCUUUUCAUGUAAUGUUUAUUAACGUUAAUGCUGAACAUUUAACGUUUGUCAAGUUGUGUCAAGCGCAUACCGUUAUGGUAAAUUUGAUUUCAGCGACUUAACAAUUCUGCAUAUCAGAGUUGAAUUAUGGAAGACAUUUCCACAUUGAUGUUUUUAGCUCUUGGAGUCUCUCCCCCAUGAUGAAUGUCAUAGUAACGUGUUCACUUCAUGUGAUGUGACCGUCAGUGGACUACUGUCUUAAUUACUUGGACUAUUAAUUGUUCUAUAUUAUGACCACAAUAAAUACAUUAGUCAUA